ACACAAAGUUUAAGAGUGCUUUACAGGGGAAACUCACUUCUUUUUGCUUCAGCCUUUCCAUGCUGACGGGAUGUUACGGGCUUUGCUGUUUAUAAUUUCUGUAGCUGCCAUUGCUCAUGCUGAGCUCUGCAAGCCAGAUGCACAGAAUGCUUUCAAAGUGCGGAUUAGUAUCAAAACAGCUUUGGGAGAUAAGGCAUAUGCCUGGGAUGCUAAUGAAGAGUACCUCUUCAAAGCAAUGGUGGCUUUUGCAAUGAGAAGAUAUUCCAGCAAGAGCACAACUCAAAUUUCCAAUGUGCUGCUCUGCAAUGUGACAGACCGGGUGUCCUUUUGGUUUGUGGUCACAGAUUCUUCCAAAAAUGUGACAACUGUUCCUGGAAGUGAGGUAGAGGCAGCCAUCAGGAUGAACCGGAACAGAAUCAACAAUGCCUUCCUACUGAGUGACAAAACGCUGCAGUUCCUGAAGAUAACCUCAACCUUAUCACCUCCUGUUGAACCCUCUACUCCUGUCUGGCUUAUUGUAUUUGGUGUUGUUCUUUGUCUCAUUGUGGCUGGGAUUGUUUUCCUCGUUGUGUCAGGGAUCCAGAAGCACAAGAAAAAGAAUAAAGAGUCAACAGAGAGAGAAAAUUUAGAAGAGAAAGUUGAAGUGACACUAGAAAAUGGGAUUCCUUGUGAAGCACUGGAUUUAAAAGCAGGCCACAUUAAUGGAGUCUUUGCAGCAGAUGAUGACCGGUUCACAUCCCUAUGAAAUGCUGCCACUGCUCUCUGGUGGUUUUCUGAAAGACUCCUGUGCCUGCCUUUUCUCAUCACUACUCCUGAAUGUCAAACAUGAAGACAAGAAAAAUGUCCUUUCACGUAAUUUCCCUUGAGAGAACCUUUUGCUUGGGUGAACCUCCAUUACAGUUCUUAUUCAUGAGCAACGCCAGUAAGAAGGCCUCAGAUAAUAUCCAAAAAAGAUUUCCAGAAGAUGUGUGGCAGAACAGGGUUGGAACCUGCCUUAUGCCAGGCAUCUCAUUUUUAAUGAUUAUUUAAAUAUGUCCAUUGUUUGUUUUUCCCUGACAUAAAUGUGAAACUGCAUUAUUCCUGAAUUUCACUGGGGAGAUCAUCUAUCAUUGUCAAUUCUUGAUGGGUUUUUUUUCAAGCCAUAUGCAAAAGUUUCUCUGUAAAAUUAUUUCUGUUUGCUGCUAUGUAGUGUGCCUUUAGACGGAACAGUCAUCAGUGCAUGCAAGUUUUCAUUUAUUGAGAAACAAAAAAGCUUUCACAACCUCUGUAAGACCAGGUCAAACUACCUGGAUCAUGUGUAGCUCUUGGGCUAGCAAAAAUCUGUACUAGAAGUGUUUGUCACUUAACUAUCAAGGUUACAAGCUGUAACUUUGUUGUGAGCUGGAAAUUAAACUUGAAAUUAGAAGUUGCAGCAAAGGGCAGAUUUUCCACAGGUGCAGGCAGUGUUUUGUGGCCCAGCUCUCAUUAAAUCACAGAAUCACAGGCCAGCUUGGGUUGGAAGGGAUCUUACGACCAUCUUGUUUCAAUCCCCCUGUCAUGGGCAGGGACACCUUCCACUAGACCAAGUUACUCAGAGCCCCGUCCAGUCCAACCUUGAACACUUUCAGGGAUGGGGCAUCCACAGCUUCUCUAAUGCCUCAACAAUCUCACAGUAAAGGAUUUUUUCCAAAUAUCUGAUCUAAACCUGCCCUCUUUCAGUUUGAAGGCAUCCCUCCUUGUCAUGUCACUACAUGCCCUUGUGAAUAGUCUUUCACAGCUCUCUGGAAAUGUCUUGCUUACAGUUUUUAAUAAUAAUACUGGAGUAGAUUUCCAACAUAGCCAGCCUGGGGUCAGAUGAACCUUCAUGUUCAUGUGAUAGGUGGACAACUUUUGAAAGGAUUCAAGGUGUGAAACACCAACUGUUGAAUUUGGUGCACCUGAUCUGGGUAAGUGAUACAAUUCUGGCUGUCUUCAGAAACACUGGUCAACAGAAAAGGGGAGUUCUAUGUGUGGAUAAGUGUAAAAACAGAAUGGAAAUGUGUUGAAGCAAAAUAUGAUAUCUGCAGUCACUAAGCAUCUGCCCACAUCACUGGAGGCAGGAUUUGACCAUUAACCAUCCUGUUUCCAGUGUCAUGUCUAGAGGCAAUAUUAGAAAACAUCUUUGCUUAUUAGGAUUAUUUCAUCAGACUCUUCACAACAGGAACAGGCUUAAACAAAGUAAAAGGUAGUAAAAGGUUCUCCUAACGGACCAUCCAGUGUCCUGAACUGUCCAAGGUUUCUUGUUUCCCAGGGUGGAAAUCCUUCAGGCUUUGGCUGUAUUGAGCACCUUUGACUUGUCUCUGUACUGGCUCUUAGGACCAGUGUCAGCAGAAAGGGAGGAAUGGGAAGGAGAAGGGAAAGCAGCAGGGUGAAAGGGGAAAGCUGAGCAAGGUUAGGGGAGGCAGGAGAGAGGAGGGCAAAAUGCAAAAUAAAACCAUGGAACCCACUAAUGUGGUCUCAUUUGUCACAGUUGUCUUUGAUGUCCUGCUGGUGGGUCCCUUGGGACAAGGACUGCAUCAUCUCUGUGUCCCAGUGUGUGCUGCUCCAUUCUGAAAAGCAUUAAUAAAAUUGGUUAUAUAAUAUAAUAAUAAAUAAAUAAAUAAAUAAAUAAAAUAUCUCAGUGUUUCAAAAUUACCAUCCACAACAUGUGACUGUAUUUCUCACAGGAAUGUUGAAGAUUAAGCUUGCCAGUGUUGCAGGAGAAAUAUAGAGUACAGUGUUAUUGUUACUGCCUCAGUUGUUGCUCCAAGGUCUCUUAUGCAAUUUUUAUUGAAGCAAUUCAGAUCCCAUAAUUUCCAAACAUUCAGACUUUUCCAUUCUUUGCAUGACAGACAGCUACACCUCAGUGUGACCACAAUGGACUGAUUGCUGUGUCUGCAGCACAUCUGCAAGAACCUGUGAAAGAUUUUGGUGAGAACAGUUUAGUACCGCAAGAGCAACCUCAAGCUACAGAUUAAGAAUUGCUGUUUUCCUGUAUUGUACUAUAUGAUACUGAAAUAAAAUUCUCUUGAAAUGAAAAA